AAUAGUACUUAUGUAUAUAUGAAUAUAAUAUAUACACAUUUACAGCCAAUGUGUGUUUGAGUGUGUGAUCUAAGCAAAAGAAAAGAUUUUUUACAGAAAAACUAAAAACGAAGCGACAAAAAAUUUCUGUACUCUGAGGCACCACCAAUGUUACUGUUGAGGAAAUAGCAACAACAUAGAAAAUGACGAUGUUAACGAACGCGACAUUUACGACGCGAACUAAACGAAUUAAAAACUUUUUUUUUGGUUUGUGUGGCUUUUCACUACAAUUUUUCGUCUUCUCAAAGAAUUAAAUUAAAAAAAAAACAAUAUCUUAAAUGAAAAUAUGUUGAAGAUGCAGUUUGAAUGUCAAGAAGCCUUUAAUUUUUGCACAAAAAAUACUCAUAAAACUGUUAACUGCAUCUUUUCAAUGCUUUUGGGAUUUUAAAAUAUCUCCACAUAAAAAUAUUAAAGGCUUUUAUUUUGAUAUCAAAAAAUGUUAUUAUAAUAAAAUACCGUCUUCGAUUUUUAUAUUUAUUAGUUGCAAAUAGAAAGACUAAAAGUGGUAAAGUGGUUGGUUUCCAUUGGUCGAAUAAAAGAAAAACUUUGGAACAUGCAAGCCAAAGUGGGAACAACAUCGGGGGAAUAACGACUUUCCAUCAGUGAUUUUAAUACAACAAUAAUAUUUGUGUGUAAUAGUUGAAGACAGUAAAAUAUUAUUCUAAUUUAGAUUUUUAAAUAUCAACAAACACCAAUAACUAUUUAUUUAUUAAAAUUUUAACUUGUGGUGUGUGUCGUUUUGUACAUCUCUUAUUGUUCGCAUUUUAUUUUCAUUGAUCUAUUAAUUUAUAUGGAUCAUUUUUUUCGAAUUAAUGAAGUUAAGAUGAAUGAUAUUAACAACUAAAAUGUGGUAAAGAAAUUCGUUAAGGUAGAUCCAAUACGUAUUGAACGCUAUGCUAUUUGCUAUCUCAUUAUUUUAAAAACAUCGUACAGGGCAACAAAUAGAAUUGUAAGUAAAUAAGUGGGAGCCUAAGCGACGAAGCAUAUUUACUGUAACGAUUUUUAUCAACUGAUGGAUGGCAAUGCACAAAAUAUGUUUCACGGAAAUCAUCAAGGAGACCCAUAUUAUCGAUAUGAUCCAGGCGCUUCGCCGCGGGCUAUGGGUCCUCCUGGCGGCUAUCCACCUCGGCACAGGGCUCCUCACCCUUUGCAGCAACAAAGUCAGUAUCCUGCGUAUCAACCUACGCCAGAAAAUAUAUAUGGUUUGGGAGCAGCCGAUCAGCUUGCCGGUAUGGGUAUGGGCGAAUUAAGUGGCUGGGGAGCUGCACCCACAGUGCCCGGACAAGCAAGUGCUUACCCCGGAACGGCUAUAGGAGCAUACGGCCACCCUCAAGCUGGUCCCUCCACACAACAGAGACAAUCCUCAUCACAGCCAAGCUAUCGUCAACACAUGCCCGCCUACGGUCAGCAAGAGCAACAAAAAUUGCCCUAUGGGCCACAACAAGGAAUGAUGAGUAGUUUAUUGCAGCAGCCCGGGUCUAAUGUAGGAGCCGGUGGUUACAGUGCACUCACUCAGCAGCCUCAACAGCAGCAAGCGACUACGGCCCAACAGCAACAACAACAAAGCCAACAAUCACGCCUGCCUCAGCAUUAUCCACAGCCACCAACACAGCACCAAUUGUAUCCAGGUGGCCCGACACAAGGACAAUCUGGCGGGCCAAGCAAUGUACCUAGCGGUCCCCAAACUUAUAGCCACAGUCCUUAUACUGCAUCCAUGCAUCAGCAGACUGGUAGAAGUAGCUAUGGACAUGCUGGCUUAGAUCAAUCUAGUUCAUACAGCCAGCAUGCGACAACUGCUCCUGUAUCGGUUCCCAGUCACCAUCUCUCCGGUCAGCAACAAGUUGUUCAGCUAGGAGCUCAUCCAGUUGCGCACAUGGGACCUGGCCCACAACAACAGCAACCACCGACGGGUUUGCAGCAUGGUGUAACAAAUUUAGGACCACCUCAACAGCAGCAAAGUUCCGCGCAUCUACUACAAGGCCAGCAAACACAGCAACAACAGCCACAACAACAGCAGCCACCACAAAAUCAUGUUGGUCUUAUGAACCAACAUCAACAGCUUCCUCCUCCCCAUGGAAUGGCGGUACCCAGCUCAUACGGUGGUCAUCAUCAACAACAGCCACAACAGCAGGCACAGCAGCAACAACCACCUUCCCAACAGCCACAGGUAGGAGGAGCACCGGCGUACAUACCAUCUUCUGGUAAGCACCAAGCAACCGCUUCGCCGCAAUACAGGGCUCCCUUUCCUCAACUUUCCCCACAGAUGUCUCCUAGGCCGCCUACGAUGUCCCCUCAUCCACAAAUGUCACCUCGUCCGGGUAUAUCGCCAGCGAAGCCACCAUCUACUCAACAGCAACAACAGGGAACGCAAUCUUCAACUCAGCAGCAACCUCCAAGUCAACAGCAGCAACAACCUACGCAUCAUAGCAUCUCGGGAAUGGUAGGUUUAACCUCACCAAGACAACAAACUUCCACGGCAAAUAGUGGAGGUUCAGUUCCUGGUUCAAAAUCUGGAGGAGGCGGACCACCCGUGAAUACCUUGCAAGCUUUAGAACAGAUGGUAAUGCCGAGUCAAAGCAUGUCUGGAGGUACUCUUGACUAUCCAUCACCAUAUCGGCAAUCCACUGCAGGGCAUGGGCCAAUGGGGCCUAGAAUGCCUGUUUCGCCGCAACACCAUCAACAAUGGCCUACACAUCUAGCUCUUCCGCAAAGUCAACAGCCCAUGCCGGGCGGGAGUAUGUCCGGUCCGCAGCAAAUGCAACAUCAACAGCAAAUACAUUCACAACAAUCGCAGCAAAUGGGCAUAUAUGGAGUUCCAUCACCAGCCCAGAGUCAAAUGAACCAUCAGCAACAACAGCAACCAGCGCCACAAUCAUCUCAGACACAACCUCCUCCAUCGCAUGUUCCAACUUUACAAACUCCUGCCUCAAUGAAUCAAGCACAAGCAUCGCAACAACAGCAGCAGCCACCUCAACAGCAACAGCAAGCCACUUCUCAACAACAAGCACAGCCUCCUCCAUCAUCACAACAACAAACUACGCAACAUCAUCAUCAGCAGCAACAGCUAAAUGAACAACUCCAGCAUUCCAUUAACGACAUUGUAGGUAACACAAGCAGUUCUCAACAGCAACAGCUUCAAUCUGCACAUCCUUCAAUGUCGCCCAUGCAUCAUCAGCAUCAGCAACACCAAGCACAACAGCAACAACAGCCACCACUUACUUUGACGUCUUUGCAUCACCAUCAUCACACAGUACAUCACCAAAUGCCUACUGAAAACUUGUUGUCUGGACGCAGCACAUCAUCGCAAGACACACAAAUGAAUUCGAGUGUCACAACAACUAAUAAUCAACAGCAUCAUCAACAACAUCAAACGCAUUUGCAAUUACACCAACAGUCACCACUGCAUAAUAGUGUUCCUCCCCCUCAUUUGCAACAAUCAUCUCCGCGCCAACACCAGCAACCUACGUCAUCGCAUCAAUCUCCUCACCAUCCACACCAACAACAGCAACAACACACACAACCACAGCCUUUCAGUUCUCAACAACAGCAGCAACAUCAACAACCGCAACAUCAGCAGCAAGUUAUGGGGGAUCCAUUUUCUUCUAUGAUAGCAAAUAAUAAUGCAACAGACUCCGGGAUUUCAGUCCAAAAGUUACAACAACAGCAGCAAUCACAUCAGCAACAGCAACAAUUACAGCCCCAACAACAAGUGCCAGUGAUUUCGGCUACAUUGUCGCCAAGUCGUGUAUCUUCACCUUUAAACACUUUGUCCAGCACGUCAAAUCAGCCGCAAAUUCAGCAGCCACAGCUGCAGCAGCCCAUCACCCCAUCAACGCCGACACAACAUCAUCUAAUCAGCGGUAUAUUGAAUGAGACAGCUAACUCAAAUGAUUCUUCUACGUUAGCAAUUGCAGCCAACGACAGUAACAAUAGUAGCAGUAACAGUUCAACUAACAGCAUCGUCAAUAAUCAGCCGUCAUCUUUACAUGAUAGCAAUUCUCAAAGCUCAAUUAAUAGCGUUAGUCAUAACGCCGCUGCCACACUAGAAAGUAGUAUGGGAGCCAAUAGUGGUGGAUUACUCAAUUCCAAUUCGAAUUCUGCAACAAAUGCUGGGAUCGGUGGUGGUAGUGGUGGAGGUCUUUUGGAAAGCGCUGGCGCAAGCAUUUUCGAUAAUAACUCAAUGUCUUCAACAAAUGCUGCUGUGAAUGCACCCGACUCUGCUGUCCCUAUUGCAGCUGCUAUUUUGGAUACUAGCUCACAAACUUCUUUUAUUGGUAUGGUUGAUGCAAGUAACGUGAAUGAGAAAGUCAUUAAACCGAUUGAAGGUGAAGAAAAUCCUGCAGAAAUGGAGACUGCAGGACAGACAGCAAUCCCUGGUGAAAUUUUAGCGGAAGAGGCAACAGUAGGCGAUACAAUUCCGAGGACUAAUAAGGAAGAAUUGCCUUUAAAAACAAACGAAACGACUGAAGACAUGGGACAGACCAGUAAAUCGAAGGAAAGCGUCGCUGGCGCUAAUUCAGAGACCUCGAAAUCUACCGACCAGUUUGGAAGCGACAUAGCGGACAAAUCUGAAGCUUGUAAACCUAUGGUGGACGCAAUUACUCAUAGUGAGAAAUCACAACCGAUACCGUCUACACAAGAUCAGCCACUGUUACUUCCAAAAACGGCAGCAUCUGGAUCGCAUUUAAUAUCUCAUCAGCAGAAGCAGCAACAACAUCCUCAAGGUAUUGCUGCAAUGAUUACCCCACAUCACGUAAUGCCGUCUGCACCGGGUUUACCUGCUAUGGGUUACGACGGAACCGUAACUCAAACUCAAACACCAAUACAGUCUCAUGCCAUACCUUCUACACACGGCAUUAAACAGCCUUUUGGUUCAAGCCAUUUAAGCUACCCCCCAUAUCCAGUUUUACAUCAGCAAGAAAUCGCUGCCUUACAACAGCAAUUGCAGGAAUUGUACUGUAUGCCACCAGGCCAAGAUCAUCAAGAGAAAAUUAUGCGGUUACAAGAACGUUUAAAUCUAGUGCAACAACAUGAAGUUACAGAUCAAUGUUCUGGGGGACCACAGUGUCCCCUUUAUCAGAAUAUGCCACCUUCCUUGUAUGGAACUUCGGCAGUGCACCAACCUCAAGUGAUAGAAAGUCCACAGGUAUCAAGUACAACGGGCAGAGGGCGAGGAAAAGGAACAAAUAAACCUAGAAAACCUCGCGUGAAGAAAGGUGAUAAGAUUCAGGCUGCUAGCGAAAAUGUGACUAUCAGCGGGAGUGUCGUGCAGCAAUCGAAUGUAAUACCACCUAAUCAACUACCCGUAUCGGAGGAUUGUGUUACUCAAGGAGCUGGGGAUACAUCUGUAGUCGGUUUAAUGGAAUACCAUGAAAGUGGGUUGGGUGAUCAUUCUCAAGACGUACAUUCUGCGAAUGAAUUAGACACUUCGACGGAUGCUAUUGGGAAAAAAAAAUCGCGGAAGCCGCGUACUCCUAAGGAUCCCAAUAAACCACGCAGAGAACGUAAUCCUAAAAUGAAAAAGUUUAAGGGAUUAGAGGGGGCUGAAGGAGGAGCCAUUGAAAUAUUACCUCAUCAAGGACGUAAACGCAGUAAUAAUGGCGGCGCCCGCAGAAAGAAACUCCCGGAGGAUAACGAUUACGAUAGAUGUGCUGAAGGCAGUGAAGGUGAAGAUAAUAAGCCUUUAGUGCUCAGAUCAAAUGUUAAUGAUCUGGAAAAUGAAAGUAAACCAGAAACUACCACAGUGGAUGAUAUUAAGACAUCGUCUAUAGCUGAAGGUGAGACUCCCGAUUAUGAUGACAUACCAGUUUCGAAGAUACCAAAAGGUGACGAUGGUACUGGACAUACAAACGCCGAAGUUGGCGACGAGACAGUUGACUCCGUACCAGAUUCGGCAGGGGAUGCAACUACUACACCAAGCAGAAGAAAUAAGAAGCGUUCAGCACGCGGUCGUGUGGACAACGACGGUGGCUCUGGGCGUCGACGAUCCCAGCUCUCCGCUAAAGCUUUAAAAAAGCGCAGAAAUCGUGGUCGUAUUGUCCCGGAAUCCGACGGUGAGGACGACAAUUUAGCAUCCACGCCACCACCGUCACCACCUCCUGAUUCAGAACUAGAUACAAGUAAAAGACGUUCAUCCCGUAAUACUCAGCGCAAGAAAUAUAUAGAUGAUGUAAUGCUACGAUUUUCGGAUGAAGAGACUACGUCUUUAAUGAAUACUUCACCGCUUAAAAAAGAAAAGAAGACUGUAAGUAUCGCAGUUCCUAUAUGCAGUGCUUCUAGUGAUAUUGAGAAAACUGAGCAAGGAGCUUCAAAUUCGGGUGGCGAAGGGGCAGCUAGUGAUCUGCCCUCCACUAGUGAUGACAAAAUAUCGAUGACCGGCGAAGAUGGUGGCGAGGGUAGUUCUGGAGCUACAUCAACUUCUACAAAUGAAAAGUCCGAAAAGCAAGAGCUAGUAGUUCCCACAAUAUCAGCCAAGCCGAAUUAUGUGUACAUAAACACUGGCGAUGAAGAUAGUAUGGUGGUGCAGUACGUAUUGGCCGUGAGAAUGGGCAAAAGAGAAUUGUUGCCUGAUACACUACCAGAGCCACUUAAGGAAGAGGAGGAAAAAGAAAAACGGAUUAGUGAAAGAAAAUCCGAGGAACGCCCCGAAGAACAAGAAAAAGCUUUAAAAACGAACGAAGAAAAAGUAGAGAAAAAGGAAGGGGUAAAUGAGGAAAUACAAAAGGAUUCUGAAGUAAUAAGGCCUGAUGAGGGCAAUGUGAAAGAGACGAAAGAAAGUGAAGAAAAAAUAGAAAUAGAAGCGUAUGCAAAGCUAAUCGAACUAAAGGAAGAAAGCGAACAGCAAAAUGAUAAUAAAAAAAUUGCUAACGAAGAAAUUAGUAGUUGUGACAAAGUCGAAAAAAUGGAUGUAGACGAAAGCGAAAUGAAUUUAAAAAUUGAUGAGAAUGAACAAAACCAUUAUGCAGAUGAAAAAAAAGACGAGAAAGAAGGAAGUGAUAAGAUUCCGGAAGAAAAGAGCAAUUCGGCUGAAAUUAUUGACUCAGCGAAAAAUAGAAUUGAUGAAAAGGAAUCCCAGUCGGUAGACGUUAAAGUCGUAAAGGAGGAAAAGUUGGGUGACGGUUCUAAACCAGAGCCAGUAUUCAUAGAGGUGGAAGAAUUUUUAGUUAAAUACCGAAAUUUUUCUUAUUUGCAUUGUGAGUGGCGCACUGAGGAGGAACUUUAUAAAGGCGACCGAAGAGUUGGAGCAAAAAUUAGACGUUUUCAACAAAAACAAGCCCAACAAAUCAACAUAUUCGACAAUAUUGAAGAAGAAUACUUUAAUCCUGACUUUGUGGAAGUUGAUAGAGUUUUGGAUAUGUCCAUUCACACCGAUGAACAGAGUGGAGAAACCACUAAACAUUAUUUGGUUAAGUGGAAGUCCUUGCCCUAUGAAGAUUGCACUUGGGAACUUGAAGAAGACGUGGAUGCUGAAAAAAUUGAACAAUAUUUGAAGUUUAAUAAAGUUCCUCCACGAUGCGACUGGAAAAAUAAAAAGAGGCCGCAUCCAGAUCAAUGGAAAAAAUUGGAGAAAACCCCUGUUUUCAAGGGUGGCAAUACUCUAAGGCCUUACCAGUUAGAAGGCCUAAAUUGGUUAAAAUUUUCUUGGUACAAUUCGCAUAAUUGUAUAUUGGCAGAUGAAAUGGGUCUCGGUAAAACGAUACAAAGUUUAACUUUUGUUCAUUCCGUUUACGAGUAUGGCAUACGAGGUCCCUUCCUGGUAAUAGCUCCUCUUUCAACUAUUCCCAAUUGGCAACGUGAAUUUGAGAGUUGGACGGACAUGAAUGUGGUGGUUUACCAUGGCUCGGUGACUAGCAAGCAGAUGAUACAGGAUUAUGAGUUUUACUUAAAAUCCGAAAGCGGAAAAAUUCUUAAAGAACCUGUCAAAUUCAACGUGCUGAUUACUACUUUUGAAAUGAUUGUAACCGAUCACAUGGACUUGAAGCCAUUCAACUGGCGGUUAUGCGUCAUUGAUGAAGCUCAUCGUUUGAAAAAUCGGAAUUGCAAGUUACUGGAAGGUCUAAGGCAAUUAAAUCUUGAACAUAGAGUCCUGCUCUCAGGCACUCCUUUGCAGAAUAAUAUGAGUGAAUUGUUCUCCUUGUUGAACUUUUUGGAACCCAGUCAAUUUUCUUCAGCCGAAGAGUUUAUGGCUGAGUUCGGUAGCCUACGUACCGAAGAGGAGGUAAAUAAAUUGCAGGCACUACUGAAACCUAUGAUGCUGCGUCGUCUUAAGGAUGAUGUAGAAAAAUCAUUAGCUCCGAAAGAAGAAACCAUCAUAGAGGUGGAAUUAACGAAUAUCCAAAAAAAGUAUUACCGUGGUAUAUUAGAACAGAAUUUUGCCUUUCUAAAGAAAGGCACCACUUCUGCCAAUAUACCAAAUCUCAUGAAUACUAUGAUGGAGUUGCGCAAAUGCUGCAUACAUCCGUAUCUAUUGAACGGUGCUGAAGAGCAAAUUCAAUACGAUUACCGAGUACAACAUGGCGAAGACCCUGAAUCCUACUAUAAAAACCUUAUACAAUCAGCUGGUAAGAUGGUACUAAUUGAUAAGUUACUACCUAAAUUGAAAGCUAAUGGCCAUCGAGUGUUGAUAUUUAGUCAGAUGGUUAGAUGCUUGGACAUCUUAGAAGACUACCUGGUUUAUCGAAAGUAUCCUUUCGAACGUAUAGAUGGUCGUAUACGUGGUAAUCUGCGCCAAGAAGCUAUUGAUCGUUAUUCGAAACCAGGCUCCGAUCGCUUUGUCUUCCUUUUGUGUACCAAAGCGGGCGGUUUGGGCAUUAACUUAACUGCAGCUGAUACUGUAAUCAUAUAUGACUCCGACUGGAAUCCACAGAAUGAUUUGCAAGCUCAAGCUCGCUGUCAUCGCAUUGGACAAAGAAAAAUGGUUAAAAUAUAUCGCUUACUAUGCCGCAACACAUAUGAAAGGGAGAUGUUUGAUAAAGCUUCGCUAAAAUUAGGAUUGGAUAAAGCCGUUCUGCAGUCUAUGAAUACACAUGCUUCCAAAGAUGGUAGCAACAAGCAGUUGUCAAAAAAGGAAAUUGAGGAUUUGUUGAAAAAAGGCGCUUAUGGUGCCGUUAUGGACGACGAUAAUGCUGGAGAUAAAUUUUGCGAAGAGGAUAUUGACUCUAUAUUGCAAAGACGUACUCAAGUGAUAACUAUGGAAUCGGAGAAGGGCUCUACAUUUUCUAAAGCUUCUUUCGCUGCUUCCGGUAACCGAUCUGAUAUUACAAUUGACGACCCAGAUUUCUGGACCAAAUGGGCAAAGAAGGCAGAUAUCGAUCCAGAAAUCUGCGAACGGGAUGAAACUGAAGAUUUAGUGCUUUCCGAACCCAGGCGUCGUACUCAGAUAAAGCGCUAUGGCCAUGAAGACGUUAUGGACGUAAACUCUGACGAUUCGUCAAAUGAAAACAGUGAUGAGGAGGGCGGUAUAGGUUUGCGAUCGACAAGAAGGGCUCGAAAGGAGAAACGGGAUCGUUGUCGUGAAAAAAAAGCUAAUGACGAUUACAUCCCGCGUGAACGAGAUGCUUUGGCGGCCUUAGGACUGGAAGAAAUACAAUAUGGAAACUGGGCAAAAUCAGAAUGCUUCAAAGUAGAAAAAGGCCUUUUGUCUUUCGGGUGGGGUCGGUGGCCUGAAAUUCUGGACUUGGGUCAAUUCAAACGAGGAUGGCGUGAAAUCGAUAUUGAGGAUUGUGCCCGCAUAAUUUUACUUUAUUGUUUACAAGUUUAUAAGGGAGAUGAGAAAAUCAAAACGUUUAUUUGGGACUUGAUUACUCCCACCGAGGAUGGUGAAAUACAAAAAAUCAGCAGAGACCAUAGUGGUCUGCAUAAUUUAGUGCCACGAGGUCGCAAUGGCGGUAAAACUCAAAAAGAAUUUCCAACGGUAGCCGGGGCUGAAACAACUCCUUUAAUUGUUUCACCAAACAGCACUUCGCUGGUUACCAUUCCUACUGCCACUAAAUCAAGUGUUGCCAUUAUUGAAAAAGAGCCGAUUGUAAGAUCUCCACAAAAUCCACAAGAUCCGAAUCAUUGGAGCAAGCAGGACAAAUACGAUGCUGAUGCAUACUUGGAAGGCGCUUACAAAAAGCAUUUAAGCAGACACGCGAAUAAAGUUUUGUUACGUGUUCGCAUGCUAUAUUAUAUACAACACGAGGUGAUCGGAGAUCUAGUUCAGCAGAUCAAGGAAAAUACUCCCGCCAGUGAGCUACCCAUCCGUCCACCAACAAUGGUCGAUCAAGUUCCUGCUUCGUGGUGGAAUCCGGCAUGCUGCGAUAAGAGUCUCUUAGUAGGCACCUUCAAACAUGGCUGCGAAAUGUAUCGUCAAAUGCGUUCUGAUCCAAUGUUGUGUUACGUUGGUCACGUUGGUUCAGCCGACGAUGCGCUAACCGUGACCAAUUUGCCAAUUAACGAAGACGAUGCCAAUUCAAAACUUGAAGAUGGUGAUGAAGUCGAUGACGAUGGAACGGCUACCAAAGACUCCGAUUCUACCAAACUUACUACAGGCGAUAACAAAGAUUCUCUUGAUCCCGAACGGCCCAGCUCUUCGGGUAAGAAUAAAAAAUUGGCGAAAUCGGCGACCGCUGACGAAGCAAUUGUGGCCAGUGAAGACAAAGCCGACGAUAAGGUGACUGUUGUUAUGGCUGAAGAUGAAUACAAAAGAGACAUUAACGGUAGUGAGAAAGAUGAUGAAAACGUUACGAAAACUGAAAGUGAAAAUAUCACAAAAACGGAAUUGGUUAAAGUAGCCGUAGUUGGUGCUGUUAUUAUGAGUAAUGUAAUAGACAGUGCUAGCGAUAGCAGUACAGCAGCUGCUACCGAAGCCAAUUCCGUCGAGACCACUUUAUCAGAAAUAGAAACUACAAAAACAUUAACAACUGUUGCUUCACCGAAGGCUGGCUUCAUGGCUGAUAUUGCUACCGUUAAGGAAGCUUCAAAUUCAGGCUCUAACGCCAAUAAUACAUGCACAACCACCACCAUCACCUCAACCAUCACCAAUACUACUACUAUUGUUACCAAUACAUCCACAUCUUCUACUACUACCACCACCAAUACCAUCACUUCAUCAUCUUCAACUUCUUCCUCAAAUGAGCAAACGCAAAACGAAACUGUUAAUCCAAACUCCUGUUUAGGCUUGGACGAAGAGGAGAGUGGGGCCGGAUCAUAUCCGCCCACUCAAAUACCUCCUGAAGAUGCUGCAACUUCAUGGCCUUCAAUGCAAGAUUUAAACACGCGUCUUAGGCGGGUCAUUACCGCCUAUCAACGCAACUAUAAAAAAGAAGAGCUUAAACAACAGCAAAAAGCUAAGCUACAGGCUUUGGUCAGUACGACACCCCCACUUUCGGUGCCUACUACACCGACUUUGCAGUCGAUGCAAAUGCAAAUGCAAAACGCCGCUGCUGCUGCGAGUAACAGCUCCGAUCCCGGGAGCCGUAGUUUGCAAUCACUAAUACAGCACAAUAACAAUGUCGGUCCCUUAGCUACCGGCCCGAGUACGUCAGCAGCAGCUGCUGCUGCUGCCGCUGCUGUCCCUCAAACUAUUGGUCACAACGUUUCGUUACAACAUCAGAUACAACAUCAAACUACACAGCAACAGCAGCAGCAACAUCAACAGCAGCAGCAACAAAAUAUGCAACAACAAGCUGCCGCAGCAGCAGCUGCUGCUGUAGCUACAGCUCCAAUGCCUACAGCGGCCGACAUAAGCCUAAUGUUGAGCAUCCUGAAUACCACCGACGUCAGUCAAUUGGCUAAUUUGGACAUCAACAAGCUGGCCAUGUAUUUGGUUAGUAUGAACAAUAAAAUGGAACGUCAAGGUAAAUUGGAAAUGGCAGCUAAAGAAAGGGAAUUACAGCGUUUGCAAUGCAUUCCGAAAAAGUGGAAUCGGCGUGAAGAAUAUGAAUUUCUUCGAGUACUUACCGGAUACGGCGUGGAUUUGCAUUUGCCCACUAUCUUAGCGACUAGUACUCAUACAACAACCCUAGCCCCAGAUUGGACUAAAUUCAAGCAGAUGGCUCAUUUAGAGCGUAAAAGUGAUGAAACUCUGAGUGAUUAUUACAAGGUCUUUAUAGCCACAUGUAAACGUCAGGCAGGUGUGAAGCUUAAUGAGAAUGAAAAGGGCCUAGAAGGUAUCAUAGAUGAUAUCAGUGAAGACCAUGCUAAGCUGAUCCUAGACCGUUUGGAAUUACUGUCAAAACUUAGAGAAAUUAUUAAGCAUCCACAAUUAGAAGAGCGCUUGAAACUAUGUCUGGUAAAUAAUGACACACCGGACUGGUGGGAAGCAGGCAAACAUGAUAAGGAGUUAAUAGCUGCUGUACUAAAGCACGGCCUGUACAGGUCUGAAACAUUUAUAUUAAAUGAUUCAUCGUUUAGUUUUGCCGAUUCGGAGAAACGUUUCAUUCGCGAAUUACAGUUACAAAUGCAACGUUCCAUUAAAUUGGAAGCGCUAAAUAACGAAAAAAAUGCCAUGGCUUUAACAUCUCAACAAUCAUCGCUUGCAACACAUUUGCCUUUAGGGGAUACCGUAGUGCCAUUGCCAUCGGUAAAAGGUGAAAUUAUUGAUUUGGACGAUGAACUCCUAACCAAAAGUAGUUUAAUCAAAAAAGAGAACUAUACAACUCUAAAGACUGACAUUAAAAAAGAAUCUCUGGAAAUUAAAAGAGAAUUGAUAGACAGAAAAGAACCACAUGAAGAAGCUCAAGAAUCUCAACUGCUGAAAGAAUUGAAAAAGAAAUCUACGGUAGAAUUAGCUUUAGAAGAAGUAGCCAGGGAGACAAAUCCUACACAGGAAUCAGACAAAGAUUUUUAUAAAAAUGACGAGCAAGAAAAGUCCGAUCACUCGGAAAACGAUGAUCCAAUCAAGAUCGAAACUGAAAAACAAGAUCUUAAGAGGUCAUCUGAACAUGAUACAAAUGUCUCAAAAGACGAAGUAAAACCGAACCAAAUUAAACCAGAGAAGUCGGAAAAAAUGGAAUCUUACACAGAUCUUGGACCUUGUCUCGACUUGAAGAAAUUAAAAGGAAAAAAGAUUGCAAUUGAAACGGAUGAAGAAAAUUCUGAAAUUGAAAAAUCGGUAGAAGACCUAUGCGGUCAAGACGGAGAUGAAAUAGUACAAAUAAAAACAUCUGGUGAGCAGCAGAGUAGUUGCAAAACAAUAACCAAAGUAGAAAAUAAAGUGAAUACAGAGGAAAAACAAAAUGAUAUCAAUGUGACUAUAGAACAGGAAAAACCAGGGGAGGAUAAUAUAACUUCGCCCGAAGAUGAAGCGUUAGACCUGGCUUCCGCCUUAACCUCUUCUACCACAGUUCCUCCAAGUCUCGCGAUUGACCCAGAAGAAGAGAAAGUUAUAAAAGAAAAAGAAAAAGCCGUCGAAGCGGAACGAAAUAAACAAGCGGCCGAAUUGAAAGCACGUUUCCCUGAUUUAGAGGUUAUACAACCAGGUUCAGCUAAGCAAAGACUUGACAAACCUAAACUGGAAAUGUGCGUUAUACGAUGGUUUAAAGAUUUCGCUCUGGAACGUCGUUUGUAUCAUGUUGUCACUUGUGUAGAAACGGGGACGUGGCCCGUGGAUAAAGGCUACUCGGCAUUAGCUGGUUGCAAAACCAUUGAAUUGAACAUAGGCCUACAUGAAAUUAUCCCGCAUUUGAGCGUGGCGUUGGAGAGAAGGUCUACGACACCCGAUGUAAUAACCAUAACCACUGACCAGGGUGUUACCAAGCACUUACCUGCUUCACAAGUGCAGCAGGUGGCGGCUGCAGCGGUCUCGGGCAUUGGUCCUGCGGUUGGCGCUUCAGCACAACCUAAUACGGCUACAAUAAAACCAUGCCAAAUUCCUCCUUCUACGGCGAUGGCAACUGCCUCAGCCUCAGCUAUUGCAACUGCUGGCACCAAUUUAGUAGGAAUAGAUGCUAAUAGCUUAAAUGCCGCAAUGGCUGCUGCCGUGGCAGUUGCUGGCGGUAACACUAACGCUCUAAGUGCACUGUUGCCUGGAGUGCCAUUGACUUCAGUCUCGGGUUUAAAUAUACCGAACAGCUCAAUUCCUUCGACUAACACAACCACCGCUAGUGCUACGGCAGCGACGAAUACGAGCAAAAAACGUAAACGUCAUAUAGCCAUAGAUGUUGAAACUGAUCGUGCAAAAUUACACGCACUGCUCAAUAGCUCUCAAUCAUCCGGGCCUAAAGAUUGGGAAACUGAAAUAGCAAAUAUGGCAAAUGCCGCAGCAGUCGCUGCGACAGGUGGCUCGUGCAGUAGACGUAGCACGGCAUCUUCGCCGAAUAUAAGUAACUUAGCCACGUUACAGCCACCACCUGCUCAUCAACAUGCUUCACUGGCGCGUCAAUCAACGGGACAAUUUAAUAAACCAGCUAUACCCCCUUUGAAAACACCACCUCCGGCUAUAGGCGCACCCAUGGAUUUAUCGUCCAGCUUGCCAAAAAUGAAUAUGGCCGACAUUAUGAAAUCUGCUUCCAAUUCGGGUGCUAUCGACUUGAGCGAGGUGCAAGAUUUCUCUAUGGGUUCCAAAAAGCCUGCUGCUACUUCUGUAGCGUCUACAGCUAGCAUCCAUGCUGCUUUGAGCUCAGCAUUUCCUUCUAUGGCUGGUAAAGGUGGUAAAUUAGAUGACACUCUCAACAAGUUGAUGAAAAAAAACAAUUGCACCAUUGAAGAAUCUUUAAUGGGUAAAGAAAAGAAACGUAAGAAAUUAGAUGAAAUCGUUUUGGGGCUUUCGGCGGCCAAAGAGCAAAAAACCUUUCCCGAUCCUUCUUUGCCAUCUUCGAAGAAGCCACAAAUACCUCCUAGUGUUUCAGUAACUCCAGCUAAUGUGCAGUCCUCAUUAACAAAUCAACAGCAAAAUCAAAAACCGUUUACCAUCACUGUUACCACAGUGCCUGGAAAAGGUAAAAGUGGUGCUUCGUCAUCUUCAACCCAGAUAUCAGCGAACAAUGCCAAUCCUUCGAUUAGUGCUUCGGGCGGCUUAUCAGCUUUGCAAAAUAUGGCUGGUCUGGGCGGUAUGACAGCUAAAGACAGUUUGAAUGCUUUAAUUGCUCAAACAAUGGCCACAGAUCCCCAAACAUUUAUUAAACAACAACAGAAGAUGAUGCAAUGCCUACCACCUGCUCAACGUAAAUUAUAUGAAAGUAUGGUCGCCGAUAUGGAGCAGACCAUGAAAAUUAAUGCCAAAUACAGCGGUCACGACACUAAAGUCAACAAAUGGUUGACAGAUAUGAGUUCACCACUAAGUGAUCAAUUAAAUAUGGAUUACGCUGCAGUAGCUGCAGCUGGAACAGGAAGUAAUGUGAUAAAUACAUCGACUAAUAGUCGCAGGUCCAGUCGUCAACAAACCUCUGCCCCCAGCCAACAAUCAUUGCCUGCUUCACAAAUGUCGGGACCAAAAUCUUCUAGCUCGCUCAGUCAACCACAACAACAACAUCAGUCGAUGACUGGACCACAAGGUCCAACAGGAGAUGAGCCAGUUCCGGUGAUUAAUAAGCAAACGGGCAAACGUUUAACCAGUAACAAGGCGCCGCAGCUAAAGCGUUUAAUACAAUGGCUAACUGAGAAUCCAAAUUACGAGGUAGAUCCGAAAUGGCUUGAGCAGAUGCAAAAUCCCAUGUCUUCUGCUUCUUCUACCAAACCUUUAGACAGUAACUUUUCGUGCACCAAUAAAGUGCAACAUAGUGGGCGACCCUCGUCCACAUCUGGCAACGCCUCCUCUAAUAGCCAUUCACAACCUCAACAACAGUCCUCACAAUCAUCAUCUUCUUCAACAUCUGGACCAACAAAAAAAUCUUCGCGACAGACAGCUCUGGAUCAAGCGAACGCCGCUAUGCAAUUUGGCUCACUGGCCGGUUUAAAUCCCAAUCUAUUAGCAAGUUUACCUAGCUUAAGUGCUUUCGAUCCAAAAAAUCCUCUGUCUGCCUUCGAUCCCAAAAAUUCUCUGCUGUCUAUGCCCUUUGCUGCCAUGCCUGGCAUGAACAAUAUAGCAGGGUUGGGCAGUCUUAACAAUAUGAAUUUAUUUGCUAGUUUAGCCGGGAUGGGCGGUCUAGGAAAUUUGGCUGGUAUGGACACUCAAUCUUUAGCUGCUCUCAUGGCGGCAGCAGGACCUACUUUAACUGGGUUGGGUGGUGCUACUCCUUCAGCCAACAGCUCAGGUAGCGGUGGAAAAAGCACGCCACAAUCUAGUAGCUCCUGCAAAAAGAGUAAAAAUGAUGUGGCCCAACAGAAUGCGGCAGCCGCUGCAGCUGCUGUAGCCGCUUUAGGUGGCUCUUCGACAAACAAUAGUGGCCAAAAUAGUUCGAACAGCGUGAACGCCAAAAAUGUUUCUGCUGCAGCCGCAGCUUCAGCAUCACAAUUAGCGGCAGGCUUUCCGUUCCUGUUUGCCAAUCCAUCCCUUCUGUAUCCUCCUAUGGGUAUGAGCAGUUUGAAUCCAUAUUCGUUGGGCUCCACUGGCUUGGGGUCAGCGUAUGACCAAUUGGCUCAACAAUAUUUAAUGAAUGGAGUGGGAUCAUCUGCCGGUAGUACGUCUACCUCCCAAAGUAAAGCCCAUCAAUCGCAAUCGAAACCAACCAGCUCACGUUCAUCAACUUCAUCUGCGGUUGCUGCUGCCUCCGCGGCCGCAUCAUCUGCCGCUUCUGCAGCUAACUUAAUGAAUGCCAUGGCUGCAAGCAUGUCUGUCGCGCAAGGUGCUAACUCAGGUAGUAGUCAGUCUUCUUCAAGAGGUCGCCAAAGCGCUGCCAGUAGGACGGCCUCCCAAGUAUCGGCUGAAAUGAUACAAUUAUCAAAUUUGCUACUGCCCGGAGCUGAUCCACACCUAUUAGAAUCGUUCAGUCGUGUAGCGGGUAUUGAUUUGGCACAAGCGUCUCGUCUGAUGAAUUCAUUGGGGAUGCCUCCUGUAUCGACAGCUUCAACUUCAGUAUCGUCUUCCAUGCCCAGCGAGAAAAGGUCAUCUUCAACGUCUAGCAAUUCAAAUUCUACUACAGCGGCAGCAGCUCAGCAAGCGGCUGCAGAAAAGCAAGCUGCCAAAGAACAACAAAAGUGGAUGGAAAGUUUAGCAAGAGGACAAUUGCCAACGGAUUUAGCUUCACUACAGGCUUUGUCUCAGGGUAAAUUACCACCCUCACUAACCGGUGCUACUUCUAGCAGCAAUCAGUCUACAUUAAAUUCUGCUCCUUCUACUAGCAAAAGCGCAAAGGCGGCUGCAGCUGCUGCUGCAGCAGCGGUAGCCGCUUUACCGCAAAUACCGGGUAUGUCGGCAGAUUUUAGUCAAGCAUUCUUAGCCGAAAUGGCCGCUCAGGCAAUGGUGGCAGCCGGUGGCUCUUUGCCUUUAACGGGCCCCGGGUCCUUGGCUAGUCUAACUGGCAGUUUGUCUGGCUUAACUGGUGGCUCCUCAAGCAUAGGCGGCAAUAGUUCUACAUCAGGAUCGUCUCUUUCAAAACGUCAACGCGAACAAGAUGCACUGGCCAAAGAUGCCUUUAAACAACAAAUGGAUUAUUAUACUAAAACUUUGGGUCUCGGAUCAGGGAUUUCGCUUAUACCUACAUCGUCUGCUAACAGUACGUCGAUGGGAUAUCCAGGAGCCAAUUCUUCUGGUGCGGGUAUUGAUGAUCAUCAUAAAUCGAAGAGGUUACGUACAGAUACCACAAGCUUGAAAGACGAUUUCAGCACAGCGGCUGUUUUAGCUACCGGAUUACCAUUAAGUUUGGGUGGGGGUAUGACUAGUAUAGAAAAAAAUAUACGUCCAUCUUCAUCAUCGACGUCAUCUAAUAAUAACAUGACUGAAACUGAUAAAGUCACACUAACACCUUUAAAUUCUGCAGGCAUUGCAGCGAAUCUGCCAUCUCAAACGACAAUAACAAUAGCGCCGCCCAUAAGUUCGGGUGCCAGUUCUAGUAGUGAACGUUCUGAGCGCAGUGAAUCCCGUAUUUCAUUAACUAUUACUAAUGCUGCCGAGGCAGCAAAAAUGCCGCCACCUUACGAAGAAGCAGACGAAUUGAUUAUACAGCCGAUAUUAAAAAAACCUUCAUCCCAACAGCAACACUCCACAACCAAUCCGCAAACGCAGGGCAGUACGUCCAAUACUUCUACGACGAGCCAUGCUAAUAAUAAUGAUUUAGAACCAAAUGAGUCAACGCCGUACAGUGUUAGCAUAAAUGGUAGUGGUAAUGGUAAUGUUGCGAAUGUUUCGCAUAGUGAGGAAACACGCCGAUCGUCAGGACGUUUAAAGCGACCACGUUCAGGGGUUGAUCACAGCCUAAUUGCAGAACAACCUCCGGAAAAACGUAGAGAAUUGCGAUCCACUCGACAUACACGACAAUCUUCUGGUAAUUCUGUUGACAUUUCCCUAAACCUGUCCACCGGCCAUAAUAAUAAUGAAAACGAAGAAAAGCAAGAAUGAGUUUUACGCCGUACAAGGCGUGCAUCACCAAGUAAAUAGUAACAAACUAGAAAUAAAAAUCGUUGCAAAGGAGAAGGAAAGAAAAGUGGAUAACAAAUGAACGUAAUGAAACAGCUUGCGAUGUAAAGACUAUAGAAAUAUUAUGCAGGAGUGAUCGAAAUUGUAUACUAAAAGGAAGAAAAAUAGUAUGCUAAGCACAUAAAAGGAGUUUGGGAUAAAGUUUGAGAUAUAAAGCAAAAAUACCACAAUUACCAUUAAGUAAUAUAGAUAUAAAAGGAAACAGAAACCUGUAACACAUAUAUAUAUAUAUAUAUAUAUACUGGUACGUAUGUAUUUAAAGUAAAUAAAACAAUUAAAGCUAGAUUUAC